AUAACAGCUUUAAGAACUGUCCGAUUCUUUCAAUGCAUUUAUUUAUGUUUUUGUAUUAAAAAUACAUGCAGAUGUAUUUCUGAUAUGUUACAAAUGUAUUCUCUAAUAUUUCCAACCAUACCUUUUGUCAUGCAUGGGUGCAUUUGAUCUUGAGACAGUGGUGUUAUGCUUAUGUUGUGCUUUUGGCUUUUAUAAGAAGUAUGAUAAUUGUUCCCACUGUGUACAGUAGUACGCACAACAGCCACAUGGACGGGUCACGUGACUGUCUUCAUCUGAACAAAACCCAGGUGUCUCAGGGAACCACAAAGAGAGCAACCGACCUACCGUAUGCCUAACUUUACAAUGCUUCAGGUUACUUCACAUGUUGCACACUUUGGCUCUACAAAUGUGAAUGUCCGGAACGUGGAAGAUGGCAAUAAUUAUGCGGAGCGGAUAAACCGUGACAGACCCUGUUACCGAUCUCUUUACGGCUCUGAGGACACAAAACACAAAACGGGAGAGACUGACAAGGACGGAAGCAACAUAAGACCUCGUUCGAGAUCAUUUUAUGUUUGUGACACGGACGAUGCAGGAACGGGUGACUUUAGCAGAUGCAGUCCUAUCAGAGCGAGAGCGAGAUCGCUGCACAGCGAGGAUGGGGAAAGAAACACUGGAGGGACCGGUAUCGCUGCAAAGCCUCCGCUCAAAAGAACUAAAGCAAACUCCAGCAAACGGGCCAGCAAGGACCUUACAGGAAAUAAAGGAAGUUUAAAGGGCGUACCCAUGAUGACCAUUUCGGAGGUGGAUAACUGGGAGAUAAGCUCUUCUUCUGGGAUGAAAUACGGUCAGUAUGUCGACUGGGAAAAGAUUGCCCCAGACGCAGCCGUCCGCUAUCGGAAGAUCCUCUCAAGUGAUCAUUACGUGCUCAAAGCAAUGGGCCGUACAGGAUUCUGGUCCAUGCCUCAUACUCUCAGAGCCAAGGCUUACCAGCACAUCAUCCACAGCAUCGAGAGCACAUCCAGCACCGCUGAUCUGGACGCUUACCAAGGCUUGGUUAGAAAGCUUUUUGGGGAACUGCAAACAAGCACGCAUCCUUUCCCAAAGUUUAUGGAGGAUGGAGAAAUUCCCAGAUACUGCCUAAAUAAAGCGGGUCUGAAUUCGGUGAAAAAAAUUCUCAUUUGUAUAAACCACCAUUUUCCCGAUGUCAGCUUCUGUCCCAUUCUGUCCGCUCUGGUGUCUCUUCUCUUGCACUUCAGUGGGGAUGAAGCCCAGUGUUUCCACAGUAUCUGUUCCCUGGUGUCCUACACAGACGUUAAAAAGCGCUACAUUGACCGGACUUUCCUCACUUCGCAUGCCUCGUGCAUGACCUUUGGUGACCUUGCCAAUAAAUACUGCAAGGGAAUCCGGAAGCUUAUAGCCAGCUCUCACCAGAACCUGUUUGAGUUCUACUCUGACUGGAUCAUGUGGAUCUUCGCCGAUCUGCCCUUCACGUACGCUAUCAGAGUGCUGGACGUCUAUCUAAUGGAGGGCUACAAAGUUUUAUACCGUGUAGCUCUUGCUCUGCUCAGCUUUUACAAGGUCUCUGUGGCUUCUCGAGUGGCCCACGUCGAUGACUUCAGACAGGACAUGAAGAGUUUUGUGCAGAAUGUGGGACGGCACAGUACUGUCGACGCUCUGCUUCAGAGGGCUUUUGAUAUACAGCUGCCCACGCGUAAGGAACUGACUUACCUCUUCAAUGCCAAUAAGGAGGCACUGCUUCAUAAGGACAUCCACAGUAAGAGCUCAUACCAAUCUAUGGAUUUCCGGGCCUUCAGCUCCUCUGUAGUGACUGAAACGGAGAUGAGGGUGGUCUGGGCCUGGAUUCCAGAGAGAUUUGCUCUGUUCAGUCCCGUGCAGCUAUUCAGUACAAAUAUUCACGGCAGAAGUCUCUCCUUGUUUUACUCUAAAGUUGAGGGGCACGAUCCAACUGUUUUACUCUUGAAAACCGAAGAUGAGGAGAUCUGCGGGGCUUUCCUGUCCUCUGAUUGGGCUCAGAAGAACUGUGAUGAAAAGGGGCUUAAGUUCUUUGGCACAGGAGAGUGUUUUGUUUUCACUCUAAGACCGGGAAUGGAGCUGUACCAGCGUACAGUGCUGCAGAUCUCUGGGACGUCUGACAAAUGUAAUUCCUCCCAUCAGAAGCAAACUCUCUCCACCAGCUCUCUGAUGAGCACUCAUGUGGACGGACCCGAUGGAGCCUCUCUGAAUCAAACAUACGAGUCCGCAUUAUUCUGCACAAUGUCAACGUUUAAAUUCAUGGCAGGAAAUAAUGAGACGCUUUUAAUUGGUGGUGAUGGUGGCCAUGCGCUGAACCUGCAGGCUGAUCUGACAGCCGGAUCUUCUGAACACUGCCAUACGUUUGAGAGCCCACCUCUCUGCAGGGGAUGCUUCAAGAUCCAGUCUCUAGAGGUGUGGGGUAUCCAGCACUCUUUGUCUGUUCCACCACUGCUGUCGGAGUGAAGACUGGAGUUUCUUUGCUUGCCCACACGUCACACUUCAACAUGUCAUCAGGCUAUUAAAGCAAUUAUUUGACUGCAA